ACUGUACUGUACUGCUGUGUUAUGGCUGGAGGAGGGUUAUGGUUGAGGGGAGCAGCAGCAGGCCUGGUCCUCUCUCUGUGUCUGGUGGUGUCCUGCCGGGCCGGUAAACUCCUGGUGAUCCCAGCCGACGGCAGCCAUUGGACGGGCAUGAAACCAUUUGUGGAGGAGCUGGGUCGUCGCGGAAACCAGGUGGUGGUGGUGAUUCCAGAGGUAAGUGGCUCUCUGGGUCCAUCGGAACACACCAUCACACUGACCUACCCCGUGCCCUACACCCGGACCCAGCUCCAGACCAUUCAGAGGGCCAACCUGGACACCAUCAUGGCCUCCGACACCUCCAACGACAUCAGCAGGAUGUGGAGCUACUACCAGACCCUGACGGUUCUCAGGAACUACACCCGUAACAAUUGUGACAGCCUGCUAUCCAACCAGGACAUGAUGCAGACUCUGAGGGAGCAGGGGUUUGAUGGCAUACUGACUGAUCCCUUUGAGCCAUUGGGCGUGAUUGUAGGAGCACUCCUCUCCCUGCCUGCCAUCUACAUUCAGAAUGGCCUGCCUUGUGGAACGGACCUUGAGGCCUCCCAGUGCCCCAGCCCCCCCUCCUACACUCCUGGACGCUUUACUCACUUCACUGAUCACAUGACCCUGAGGCAGAGGAGCGUCAACUUCCUUUGGGCGUUGCUCCGCCCCCUGGCCUGCCGGUAUCUGUACUCUGAUGUCAACGUCCUCGCCUCAGAGAUCCUGGGGAGAGAGACCACCAUCCCUGAGCUGAUGAAGAAGGCAUCACUGUGGCUGGAGCGCAACGACUUUACCUUCGAGUUCCCCAGGCCUCUGAUGCCUAAUAUGGUGAUGAUCGGAGGACUGAACUUUGAGGAGCCAAAUGAACUGCCAGAGGUAGCUAUAAGCUAA